GUGGGAGGGAUCUCUCACGUUGUUGCGGACGUUUGAGUCGUGCAACAGUCAGAAAACUAGUUUGGUGUUACGUGAUUUUUUUUAUGUGUGUGUGUGUGUGUUUAUGUGUGUGGUCGCCGUCAUGGAGUCAGUGAAGAAACGGUGUUGCCGACCAGUGUUGUGCUUUCUGUUUUUGUUGUGUAUAAAGCUGCAGUCGAGUCUGGCCGGAGAUUGCCCGGCAGAUGGACGUACCUGGGUGCCAUUUGAAAACAGAUGUUACCACUUUGUCCACGGAGAAGAAGACAGAAUCAAAUCCUACACUUUUGAAAGAGCAAAAACCCUCUGCCAAGGAUUUGAGCUUUUGUCUGUCCAGAGUGCUGAGGAGAAUGACUUUGUCAUUAAAUAUAGCCCAAAGGUGUGGAAAGGCAAUGUCAACGUGUGGCUGGGAAUGUAUUAUGAGACAGACAGUGAUGACAUGAGGUGGUUCAACAACGACCCUGUGCAAUUCACUAACUGGGAGAACAGCUAUUCUUCACUGUCAGACCUCAUGCCCAUAGAGACAUGUGUGGCUUUGCACAGCAACACAGGGAAGUGGGAAAAUGUCAGCUGUGUGGAUGAAGUGGAGAACGGAGUGAUCUGUGAGACGAAUCAGAAGGCAGAGGAGGCCAAGCGAAAGCCCAGUGCGCUGCUGUCCGCCCUGGUCAUUCUCAGCGUGGUGGCUAUCGUGGGAGUCUCGGCAGUUAUUUGGUUCCUGCAUCAGAGGCACAGUCUUGGCUCAUCUAUCAUCACAGCGUUUGAGUACCACCCUCCAUUCCGAGUCCUGGAAACAGACCAGUCCUGCCUGGUGGAGGCUGAGGAGACUGACAGCGUGCCAUAGGAGAACUUUUUCUCUGCUCUGCAGUAGGUAGCGUCACACCCUCCUCACUGGGUGGGUGUUCCUGCAAAGAGAAAUCCACUUCAAAAAAACGAAACAAAACGAUUACAGAAGCAGUUUUGGGUUAACUCGUGUCAUUGUCAUAACUCAGAAUGACGUGGCAUGUGAUACUAACUUCUCACUGUGGCACAUAAACAUCUCACUACUUUUUUGUGAUGUGCACUAACAAGGAAUCAUCUGUGCAUUUUCAUCAGUAACUGUAACCCACUCUACAUGUCAUUUGUGAUUUGAUGUAACAUUGGGUUAUUAUCAGGCA